CUUCCAAUGCUCGCUUUCCCCGUCCGACGCGAUGAAGUAGAGAAAUUUUCUAUCGAUGCUCACCGCCAGUCACUCGUCCGUCAACCCGGCGGGAAGCGAAAGGAUCGCCUUUUUCGCUCAAACUCAUCGCUCGUUUCCCGUUCGAAUCGAGCCGCCUCGGUGGCAUUGGAAAUGCCGCUAUCGGUGCGCGAAGAGACCGGAGUAGACUUUUUACUCUGGAAAGAAUCUCGAAGUCAAGCGCGAACUCAAGAGAAUCCGGCGUCAACCGCUACACCGACAGCGAUUCUCAGCUGACUCUUGAAGGGAGGAAGAAAACGAAGACGCCUUCCAUAACAAGUGUUGACGCGGGAUAUCGCUAGGUUCCAGACAGCUAUUCGACGUUCUAAGUCUACAGAUGAUUCGCAACGUGUCGCAAGAGUCAAUGCGGAAACCUCGGGAAGCGGAAUACAUUGCACUCAAUGAGACUGCUCUGCGCCACAAUACGUCUGUGUUGAGCUUCACUCGGACAGCUGUGUCGGCACUCAGCGGGGUAUCGGCAGGAAUCCUCGGUCUGACGUCAUUCUGCGGCUUCGCCUUCUAUUUCUUCACAGCUCUGAUUUUGUGGUGUAUGUUGGUCUUCCGGAACUACAAAACGUGGCCGAAAUAUCUGAAAAGCAGGAGAACUUUUCUUACCCACAGCCUGCUUGAAGGUCUCUUCACCUAUAUUCUAUUCUGGACCUUCAGCUACGGAAUGGUCCACGUUUAUUGAUGCGGUGAAAAACUCCUCUUUGAUUAUUGCAUCCGAAAGACUUCCGCGGGUCCCCGAUUCUAGAGCUUUCACGCAGACAUCGACGGAGAUCGCGUCUGACUGAUAGUGAAACCUCGACCAUUGUUGCUGUUCUUAAUUCGAAAGGUUCUGCGAAAAAAAAACUUGUGAUCGAUUCAUUCCAACUAUGAUUUGAGCCAGUGUUCCACGAGUUUAGGUCAAGCGUUCUGUGGUAAGUUGUGAGAAAGACUUCAUGUCUGAACCCUCAGGAGCAAGGGAUCCUCAAUUCCAUGGUCAAUAAAGAUGUUUUCUAUA